ACUGCUGGCUUCUGUAACACAUCUUUUCACUGAUUACAUCCGCUGAGCCAUUGUCAAGUCCACAACUUCUUUUGACUAAAGUUUCUGAAUAUUUUAUCUUGUACAAAUGUUUUUGUAUAUUUUUCAGCAAUGGAGGAUAAUCAAUCCCCCUGCAGUACCCCUUCCUUCUCAGGAUGGGAGAGGUACAGCUUUAUUGAAGCACCACUGAGAAGCACUUCACUUUCUUCACAGAAAUCUACUGAAAGCCUCCUUACCGCAAGAUUGAGCCUCAGUAAAACUCGAAUGUUGACUCGAGCUGCUAAAGGAUUUCUGUGUAGAUCAGCCAGCAAGUUAGUCUGUGAGCCAGCGACUGAGAGCAAUGACUACUUACCACUGGUUAAUUUGCAGUUGGCAUCUGGGGCUUUCUUGCUGAACCCAGCUUUUUGUGAAGCCAUUAAUAUUCCCAUGGAGCAGCUCAAGUGGACAUCACCUUUUACACAUCAUCGAUCAAAUGUCAGUCCAAUCUCUCAAGGUCAUUCCAGUAUCUUCAGUGACAAAAAAUCAGCCCAGAAUGACCAAGAGAAUGGAUCCACAGGACCCAUCCAUCAGAAAGGAGCUGGUAAAAUGACAGCAUUGAAUUACUUGGGAAUAGACGAAUCCCAAGGUGAUUUAGAACCGUUAAGAUCACGUCACUUUUCAAGCAGUUUGGUUGAAAUUCAGUCAAGGGUUACGAGUGGUAGUUCUGAGCUUCCCCCUCCAUCAGUAACUGAGCGCCGGUUCUCCUCUCCAGGAAGCCCUGAGGCAUCCAGUGCCUUGCAGGCCGACAGUGGCAGAUGGUCUGAAACCGACAGUGGUGUUAUUUCGUUCUCAAUGACUUCAAAUGAACAUCAACAGUUCAUGGAUCCGGAGGGAACAAUCUGGUCCACGACUGUUGCCUUAGCCUGGCUGGAGCAUAGUUCAGCCGCUUAUUUCAUUGAGUGGGAGUUGGUGGCUGCAAAAGCCAGCAUGUGGCUGAAUUCACAAUGUAUACCUGAGGGUCGUGAUCUUGCCACUGUCAAAGCUUCAGCAAGACAGCUGUUUGUUCUGUUAAGACAUUGGGAUGAAAACCUUCAGCUGAAUAUGUUGUGCUACAACCCAAGCAGUGUUUAAAUGUUUGGUCUUCAUAUAAUUAGACAGCUGGAUUUUCAAUCUUUAUUCUUGACAAAAGUCUUUAUGAACUUAAAACCCAACCAUUUAUCAACAAUUAAGUUCUACACAAAUGUUUGCCUUCCAGCUUUUCCCCAGGCACCCAUCUGCUGGAGACUAUGUAGUUCUGGGCUGGGGCAGUUCUGUACACUAUCAUUGUCAGUCCAUGCUGCUGAUGGGACUGAUUACUUUGGAUUCCAUGGGCUGAUAAUUGAAGCAGUAUUUCAAAUUUGAGACUUAAGCAUGUGUGUAUUCAGCAGAUGACCAUACUGUCAUUCUUUAUUUUAACUUUCUGAGUACCAUGGAUGGUUUCACUGUACCCUGUGGGGCUCAGCAGUGAUUGACUACUGUGAUUAUAUCUCGUUGGCAUUCGUCUCCUUGGCUUGAGGUAUAAAGGCAUGUCAGAGUUUGACCUGAUUGUACCUAUAUUUUGACUAUGCAAAUUUUCAAAAUAUAGACUUUUGAUUGGCUAGAAAAAUAGGCAUUAAAUUAUUUGUCCUCAAUUGAAAGGACAGAUUUUCAAAAUUUGUUCGCAGUAACAAAAUGGGCUGCAAGAAUCAGGAGGAAGGAGGAACAAAGUAAAUAAUUGGCUUUAAAAAACUUUAAUCUAAGUCACCUGGUGGGACAUUAGCAGGACAAGAAUGCCGCUGUUGGUGAAGAGUAAAAGAGGCAACGAUGACAAAUGAGUGAGCAAUAUUAGCGCUGUUGGUUUUCCCUGGGGGGGGGGAUCAGUUAAUGUUACCCACAUGGUGGCUCCUCUGAUGCUAAUCCUGACUGCCUAAUACACACAUCUGGAAUUCUUUUAACACCUUAGCUAAAAUAGUGGUGAGAAGAGCUUCAGCCAAACACAUUCAGUCUUCAAACACUGGGAUUAUGUGAUGUCAUCUUGGAACCGUUGGGGAAUUUUAACAGUGUGAAGGUGCAGAAUGGGCAAUCCGUUUCUCAACUCCAUUAACUCCAGUGGAGGCAGCUCAAGAGUUAAAAUUACCUUCAUUGUAUUUAGGGAAAGGAAAGCAAAGAAGAGAAAGGAUAACUUUGAUCAGGUCAAAAUUAAAUGAAAAUAACGUUUAAAAAAUAUAAAACAUGCCAACUAGAGAAUGGAAACGCAGAGAACUGAGAGAAAACAGGGUAGGUGAACAGAAUUAAACUAUUAACAUUUUUAAUUUUAACUAGAAUUAUAUUUGAAAUUAUUAUUUUAUUUGGUUAUAGUUAAGAUUAAUGCAGUAAAGGACUCUUGACACUGAAGAGCCUUUUCAAUGUAAUAUUUAUGUUUCAGAGUCAGGAUCUGUGGACAAGAAAUGUCCAGAUUUGGAUGGUGCAGCCAAUCAUUUCUCUUGAUCUGCUGAUAGAGUUUAUGGUUUAAACUGCUUUGCAGCUCAUAACAACAACCACGCAGAUCAAGCUGGGAAAGAAUCUUUUUUAACUAGUUUGCCUUAAAUCCCAGCGCUAAUGAAUUAAUGACCUCAAGAUUACUGUAGUUACAAUAUUUAUUAUGUCCCAGCAUCUCCAGCAUAACUUUUGUCCUGUGCUGUUUUAAAUUAUAACAUGGCAGAUUAACAAGGCAGGUGUCUAGAUUGACCAGGCCGGCCCGUGUUCUAUUGUGGAUUUAAUGAGAUGAUUUGAUCGCAUUUCAGUUUUAGAUUUUUAACAGCUAAAACGGAACGUAUCCUGGGGACCAGGUCUAAUAGGCCUUCCAGUGAUUUCACCACCACCAUACACAUUUCCUUUCAAAAUAUUGGAAACUUUGACAAUAACCAUUGAAAAUGCAGCAGUCUAAGUGUGUGGUUGGCCAUUAUUUUAGCUGUUUCAGUACUAAAACUUUGUACCAUUGUUUGGUUUGGCUUUUCAGCGUUGGUCGCUAAGCAAAGUGUGCAAUGGUCACUUCGUGUUGAAAACAUCGUUUUAUUCAGUGCUGGAAAAAAUAUUAAAGCAGUUGCUCAUGCUUGUUAAGUAGGGUGUGCAUCAAUUCUAUUUGUCUGGUAAUGUUCAUGUGCCAAAAUAUUUACUUGAAUUGUGAACUGGGAAACAAAUUCUAAAAAUAAAUUGCACCUUUGGUAUGAACAAGAAAUUAUGAUAUUGAAGAGUUCCAGUCAACCACAAAGGGUUGGGAACUUGCUGCUGUCUGAUGGAUGAGUUAAUAUUUCCUUCACUGGUUUGAAUGAUACCAGAGAUGGGAAACACCAGUUCUGUGGUGAGAUUAGAGACAUUGGGAUUAGUCUUAGAGCAGGGAAGUUUAUGGGGACAUUUAAUAGAGCUGUUCAAACUUAGAAAGGGUUUGAUGGAGUAAAUAAGGAGAAACUGUUUCCACUGGCAGCAGGAGCAGGAAGCAGAGUGCAUAGAUUUAAGAUAAUU